AUCACAUUACGAACAAACAAACAAAAAAAAAAAAAUGGAAGGUUCUCAGUUCAUUUCCCUAGUUGCUCUCUUCGCAUUACUGGCAUCCUCUAUUUCUUCUGCUUAUGAUCCCAGUCCUCUUCAGGACUACUGUGUUGCUGUUGAUAAUAUCAAUGAUGGUGUAUUUGUGAACGGAAAAUUCUGCAAGGAUCCAAAGCUCGUGAAAGUAGAAGAUUUCUUCUUUUCAGGAAUUAACAUUCCGAGAGAACCAGUAAAACUUUAUGGAACAAGAGUAAAUUUACUUACAGCUGAUAGAAUACCAGGACUUAACACUCUUGGAUUAAGUCAAGCACGUGUAGAUUUUGCUCCAGGUGGUGUAAACCCACCCCACAUGCAUCCUCGAGCUGCUGAAAUCCUAACCGUCAUAGAGGGAACUCUUUAUGCCGGUUUUGUUGCCUCCAAUCAAAACAACAAUACCUUGUUUACAAAAGUACUUUAUCCUGGAGAUGUUUUUGUCUUCCCUUUCGGACUAGUUCACUUUCAAUUCAAUAUUGGAGAAAGUAAUGCUGUUGCCUUUGCUACUUUUAGCAGCCAAAAUCCAGGAGUCGUCACCUUAGGUAAUGCUAUCUUUGCAUCAAAGCCUUCUAUCAUGCCCGAUGUUAUUGCCAAGGCAUUCCAGUUGGACAAAAAUAUUGUGCAGGAGCUUCAGUCGAAAAAAUGGACUUUCAAUACUUAAAAUAAACGUAUAGAUAAUAAUCCCUCAAAAUAAAUGUCUUAUAUACCAUAAAUGGUCUUCUCUUAUCAUAAUGCACGUGGUCCUAAUAAUGAUGUAAUAAAAGGAGUUUACGUAUUUAUGGAACUCUAUUUAUUGAUA